UGCCCUCUCAUGGCCGGGAAAAAAGAAGACUAGCAUCCAAAGUUUGAUUAUGUGAACCGAGACGACACAACAACAGAAGAGUGAGUUACCGUCCGCGUGACGUUGACAGCGUGCGCGAUCAAAAGAAUUCUGAGCAGUGAUUGGCCAUCAAUCAAACCAGAGUGAUGUCGUGAAGUGUGUCUCCUAGCAACCGGCGAGUGUCGUCUUGUUUUUUGUCUCGUUCAGACCAGCAGGCCUUAGUUCAGAAUCAGACAUGGAAAUAUACAAACCGGAAAAUGAAGAUCUUCUGCCGAAGCGCGUGAUUCAGCGUGACACAGAUGUGACCCACCUUCAUCUCACCAGAAGAGGAUUGACUUACAUUCCUGAUUUGUCAAGGUUCUCCAUGUUAAGAUGCGUGUGGCUUAACAAUAACAAGAUCCGAGAGGUUUCCAGAGCUCCAUUUAACUGCUGCUUAACAGAACUGUAUCUACAGAACAAUGACAUUCUCUCAAUUUCAGGGGCAUUGAGACACCUGACAUGUCUUCAAGUGCUGCUCCUAUUCAAUAAUCAGAUGAAGUGUCUGGAGGAGACCGUGUCAGAGCUGAAGAACAUGCAGGACCUCCACACUCUCUCUUUAUAUCUGAACCCCUUCACACAAGAUCCUGAAUAUCACCAAUAUGUGCUGCACCAUUUGCCAUCUGUGAGGUUUUUAGAUACAAAAGAAGUGAAGCAGGAGGAAAGGAGACGGGCAUUUAAGCUGUUCAGUGUAGAAAGACAGAGGGUGCUUGAUACUAUCGCCUUUGGCAGACGAGCACUGCCGCCUCCUACAGGAAGAAAAUUGACCAGCUCCACCACAAAACAAGCUGGUCAUCAUGGCUCAAGAAAGAGCAGUCAUUCUGAUGAUCGAGAAAAGCCAUCAGUGCCCAAAUCCAUCAUACAGUUCUCCAUUAUGAACUGGACUGGUACAAGCACGUCUCAGUGGAACCAUCUAGACGGCUUGAGCAAACCGGCGUCUGGUAUACUCACUGUCAAACUCAGAUGAUUUCCAGACCUCUACCUUCACUCUUGUUCGCACGA